CGCAUGUUGAUUCUUCCUUCAUAACACCCGUCUUUUCUUCAACGUUAUCACGUUUAAUCUCUUCAAGACCAGUACAAGCUUUUCGGAGAUACUUUAAUAUCUGUGUUACCCACAUUCCCAUCAUGCCUCCCGCUUCCGCUACCCAGAAGUUCAAGGACGAGGAGAAGGGUAACUCCCGAGCUUCAAGCGUCUCCAAGGACCUCGAGAGUCCCAGCUCUGAUGGUCAAGAGAGUACCUACUUGAAGGAGCUACAGAAGACACUUCGCAAUGCCAUGAAGAAGUUGAACUCCCUCGCCAAAGUCGACGCCAUCAUCGCCGAAAACCCCGACAAGUCGCUUGAUGAACUGAUUGAGGAGAAGAAGAUCAACAACGACCAGAAGGCCCAGGUCCUUAAGAAGCCUUCCCUUCAGGCCACCGUUGCCCAGGCCGAGGAGCAGAUUGGCCACUACAAGCAAUUCGCUGUCCAAUACGAGGACCGUCUGGCUGCUCAGAAGGCUGCGCUGGUCAAGGCGCAUGAGGCGGAGCUCGAAGCUGUCCGUAAUAACGCCAUUGCUGAUGCGACUGAGGCCUCCAAGAAGGCACUGCGCCAGCAGUUCUAUACCGUGACUAAAUUCUUGUGCGCCGCGGCCAUCCUUCGACGCGACGGGGAUGCCGUCACCACUGAGAGCCGUGCUUUCGAGGGCGUUCUGUUCGAGGUGUAUGCUGGCAACCAGUCUGCAGUCAAUUCGCUACUUAAGAUUGCUGAGGGUGCCGAUGAGAAGGUCAAUGCUGUUGAGGGCACCACUCUUGAUUUUACCUAUGGCGACGUGAAGCAAGCAUCUGACAAGUUCGCUCCACCCGAGGAGACUCCCGAAGUUGCCUCCGAGGCAACCCCUGCCACCGACCCUAUAACCGACCCUACCGUGGCUAACGCUGGACUGACCGAGCUCCAGGAUACCUCUAUCGGCGCUCAGGCUGAGCCUGCAGCUUCCGAAGCCGAUCAGUUGGCCCCUCCUGCGCAGACUCUGGUUUCUGAUGCUGGAAACUCCAUUGCGGAGCAAACCUGGGCCCCUACUUCCGAUGAGAGCAGCGAAUGGGUCAAGCUUCCUCGCAACCCUGAUGAGACCGACACUGGCCUCCAGGCUACUCCGGCUAGCGCUGAUGCGGGUUUGAACAACGGUUCCGUUGGUGCUGAUGUUGCGACUCAGGGCGAGAACGGUGCCAAGUCUGGUGGACGCCGCCGUCACGGACAGGGACACCGUGGCCGAGGCCGGAAUGACGCUAAGCGUGCUGGUGAGGGUCGUGAUGGAGAAGGCCGUGGUGGCGAAAGCCGUGGAGGUGAGGGUCGUGCUGGUGAGGGUCGUGGACGUGGUGGACGACGAGGCGGUCGUGGCGGACGUGGUCGAGGCGGUGCAAGCGGCCCUGCCUCUGGCUCGGCGGAAGCUCCUGCGUCCAGCGAGUAAGAGUGGCAAUCCUAGGAUGUCAGUUGGAACCUGCUGGUUUUGGGAUUUUGUCCCGAAAUUAGGGUUCCAACGAGGGAUUCCUGGGUCUGUCUUCUCGGGACUGGCCUCAGCAAUUUCUGAUCCGAUGUGAUGGCUCACGAACGCAACGAAUUUUCUUCACGGAGAGUCACUUUGAUCUCUUCGUCUGGCUUUGCCAAAGUCUUCUUGACUAUGUCCUGCAAUUUUUUCAGCGUGCAUAUUCCCGAUCCUCGGAGCUUCUCUCACGACAUACAUAUGUAUUCUAUGGCUAUUGUUUUAUCGGCGCUUUUGAACGGACCGGUGGACAGGCUUAGGUCGGGCAUAGAUCGAAAUUGAUCAUAAUGAGUGCACCCUUACUUUCCAGGAUUUGCCUAGAUACUAGUAUCU